AUGCCGCCUCGGAGGACCCAUACAAAGUCACGCAAUGGCUGCGACCAGUGUAAAAAGCGCCGAGUCAAGUGCGAUGAACAAGGCCCACCUUGCUCAAAUUGCACCAACCGCGAGCUCAAGUGUACAUACUUUAAGGUCCCAAUAGCUCGCGGCACUAUAGGUUCACCAUCGACCAGCUCUAUAUCUGCUUCAGUUCCUUCCAUCAAAGGAUUGUCCCCCGAAAUCGCAAGCCACAGCCGGACUUUAUCCCGGUACGGGAGCUCCGCUCCACCAAAGUUUGCUAGCACACGAGAGCUGGAGUUGAUGCACAAAUACGCCACGGAGACCUAUCAGAGUCUGUGCAACGAGCCUGUAGACCAUUACACCUGGCAGACUGUCAUUGCGCGAAAAGCUUUCCAGCAUGACUUCCUCAUGAGUGGGCUGCUUGCAGUUGCCUCGCUGCAUAUCGCUGCCACCAUGGACCCUCCAGAGGCUCUGUCAUAUAUCGACACCGCGUUGGAGUACCAUGACCGGGCAUUUGCUCCGUUCCGGCACGCAAUAGACAACCUGACUCCGGCCAAUUGCGAUGCUGUCUUUGCGCAUUCGGUUAUCACCACAGUCAUCGGCAUCGCCCUGCCUCGGUUAUCUUCUGACAGCCAGGAGACCAACACGAUGACCGAGAACAUCAUCGUCGUUUUCGAAUUGCUUCAUGGUGUCAGCAAGAUAUACACCCUCAGUCGCGACCAUCUGUCCACGCAACUGGUCACUUCUCGAAAGGGAUUCUGGGAAACACAACUCUCCAUUCUUGACGCCGAGACUGAGACCGCCUUCGAUAGACUCACUAGCUUGAGCCACGCCAUGCAGGACAGCGUUAGUGAAGAGCAAUAUCGCAUCAUCGAUGGAGCGAUCGCACUUCUGAGGCGCUGCUUCUGUAGAUACAACCAUGCACGCGAUAUAGCAUCCAUUCUAGGAUGGCUUGCGAUGGCUAGCAAGGAGUUUGUGCAUGCAUUGAGGUGUCGUCAGCCUCUUGCGCUACUAGUUCUCAUGCACUGGGGAGCACUUCUAAUGGAGCUUGAUGGUAAAGUGUGGUGGGCAAAGAACUCGGGUAGGGCGCUGGUUUCUGAGCUACUGAGUGCCCUUCGUCCUUGCGAUGCACAGUGGGAAGGUGCUUUGCAGUGGCCAGAACGGAAGAUUAGAGCUUGA